GAAACUAUAUUUUGUAUGGCAGCUGUGUUUGCUGUGUAUUUUUAUUGAUAAAUCAAAUGCAUAGUUUAUUUUAAUUUAGUAAUCUUGGAAAUAUAAUAACAAGCAUUAAAUUAAACAAAUUUAAUAUUUUGAUCAUCAUGUCUAACGAAGAGGUUGAUAAUGUUUGGGAUGAUUUUAUAAAUUUACCUGCAGAUCCUCCUGAAAUGCGCCAAAUAUGUUUAUCAUGCGAGCGACCUCAAAAUGUAUGUUGGUGUAAUUAUUUGCCUGAAACAAGGCUAAAGCCAAAAUGUAAAAUCAUUCUACUGCAACACCCAGCAGAAGAAAAAAGAAGUCUUCGUACAGCUCCUAUGUUGACAUUGGGAUUGGCGGAAGACAGUUGUGUUGUUUAUAAAGGAAAAAAGUUUCCUACAAAAAAACAUGUUGGCCUAUGGGAUAUAUUAUCGUCCAAACAUUCUGUUUUAUUGUAUCCUUCUAAGAAAGCAAUAGAUAUAGUCGACCUACCAAAAGACACAGAACUCCAUAAUUUGGUUAUACUUGAUGGCACUUGGCCACAAGCAAAAGCAAUAUAUAACAAUACACAGCUGCUUCAAUCUAUGAUACAUGUCAAAUUAAUGCACAAAUAUGAAAGUCAUUAUAUUAUCAGGACCCAACCUACAGAUGGAUGUCUUUCUACAUUAGAAACUGCAAUUGAAGCAUUAACAGUAUUAGAAAACGACGAAUCAUACAAAAAUAUAUUGCUGAAGCCCUUAAAUGCUCUAUGUAAUUUUCAACUUCAGCAUGGUGCUGUAACACAUCAAAGCAAAGAAUUUAAAAAACGAAAUCGAACUUAUCCAAAAUUAAUAGGAAGACGACUUCGGCAAUAUCUAGAUGACGGUGAUGACUGUUAAUGUAAUUACUUUUAGAUAAAUAAUAAUUAUUAUUGUUAUUUUGGUGAUGUCCCAAUUAAUUGUCAUUAAUUAUUAUUUAUUAUUUAUACAAUGAAAACAAUUGUUAACAGACAUUUUAUUAAAAUUAUAUAUUUUUUGUAAAUUUUCUAUCUAAAUAUAUUGUACAAUUAAAUAAUUUAUAUUUCUAUCAUGCACAAAAAAAAAAGUAUAUAUCUGCAAAUAAACUUUUCGUUUAUUGUA